UUACUUGGCCCCGCCCCGUCCGGAUACAGACUCCGCCCCUCUCCGGAGGCCCCGCCUCUUCUCCAACUGCCAACGGCCUCCGCACUUGAGGCUGGCAGUGGGGCGGCUCGGGUCGACCCGGUGCCUCACUGACUCCGGCCUUCGUCAGGUUUCCCCGCUUCUCCUGGGCAGGCCGCGUCCUCGGGGCUUCAGGCGGGGAGGGGGCGACGGGACCCUUGCCUAGCGGGCGCUGAGCGGCGCCCCUCACCCAGACCCUCGUAGCAGGUGCGCUGGGCGAUGCCCGGCGCCGCGUCCCUGUGCUCCCAUGGAAGAGGCCCCUCUGCUGGGCGCCAUGCCCGGCCCGGACGAUGAGACUGCUAGCGACCUGUUCGGCCCCGAGGGCGCGUCAGAGGCGGAGGGCCCGGCCCUGAGCCCUGCCACGGCGGUGCAGCUGGAGCAGGACGAGCUGCAGGUGCUCAGGGACGUCUACCUGGGCGGCGCCGCCCCCGGCGAGGAGCCGCCCGCCGCGGAGGACGCCGAGCCGCUGUCCGCCUACAGCCUGCGCGUCCUGUCGUCGCUGCUGCCCGCGCCGCUGGGUGCGGGGGUGCGGGUGAUCCCAGUCGAAAUAAAGGAAGCAGGUAGCACUGUGACAAGUAAUCUGGAGGAAGCAACUUUCCCAAACCCUCUUGCUCAGGAAUCCUGUUGCAAGCUUCUAUCAUCCCGAGAAGCAGAGGACUCGGCUAGCUCCUCUCCUAAGAAAGACUCCAGGCCGAUGGUGAUAUGUCAGUUAAAAGGGGGCACACAAGUGCUGUGUAUAGACAAUUCUGGCACAAGAGAACUAAAAGCACUUCAUUUGGUUCCUCAGUAUCAAGACCAAAAUAAUUGUCUACAGUCAGAUGUCUCUAAACCACUGACUACUUUAGUAGGAAGAUUUUUGCCAGUACCAGCAAAACUAAAUCUCAUUACACAACAACUUGACAGUGGUGCCCUCCCAUCAGCAGCCAACAAUGGGCCUGCUUUCCCCUCGGAACCGACUCUUCCAGGGCCAUCAAAAAUAACUUUGGCUGGAGUAACUCUUAGUUCAUGGGACACAAAGUCUAAAAAGCCAUGUAACUGUACCAAAUCCCAGUGUCUGAAAUUGUACUGCGAUUGCUUCGCCAGCGGGGACUUUUGCAACAACUGCCAUUGUAAUAAUUGUUGCAACAAUUUACAUCAUGAAAUUGAACGGUUUAAUGCCAUUAAGGCAUGUCUUGACAGAAAUCCGGAAGCUUUUCAACCUAAAAUUGGGAAAAGCAGGUUGGGAGAUGUUAAGCCUCGUCAUAACAAAGGCUGCAACUGUAAGCGGUCUGGCUGCCUGAAGAAUUACUGCGAGUGCUAUGAGGCCAAAAUUAUGUGUUCUUCUAUAUGCAAAUGCAUUGAUUGCAACAACUAUGAAGAAAGCCCAGAACGAAAAACACUGAUGAACAUGCCAAGAUCUAUGGAAACCAGAGAAUUUGAAGGCAGCCAUCAUUUGUCACCAAUUAAAAUUUCAGAACUUUCAAAACUCAGAAAAAGCAGGCGGCCUUCCUCCUGCAUCUCCUGGGAGGUGGUGGAGGCCACAUGUGCCUGUCUGCUGGCCCGGGGCGAGGAGGCCGAGAAAGACCACUGCUCCCAGCACCUGGCCGAGCAGAUGAUCCUGGAGGAGUUCGGGCGAUGCUUGUCCCAGAUUCUUUACACUGAGUUCAAGUCAAAGGGGCUGAAAAUUGAGCCGAAUACAAUAUAGUCAAGUGUGAACAUGGCAUUGUCCUUAGAGGAGCACGAGGACAGUUGGCAGAUUGGGACCCAGCUCUCCCAUGGGGGGACCUGCGGGUUUGCAGGUGCUCUGAGGAAGGGCGGCCUUGUGAGGAGGUGCAUGCAGGCAUUGCAUGUCUGCACAGAGCAGAGCCUGGGUUCCUGCCAUCCUAGGGGCAAGGGGCAGGUCCAGGAGGGACAGUGCACUCCUCUCUGGAGCAUGGUCCUCUAGACCUGCCCUGCGAAAGGAAGCAGGAUGGUUCUUGGUUUUGUUUGUUUUUCAAAUUAUUUAAAAUACAUUCUCCAGAGGAGCUGUUAUGAUACAACUGAGACUCUCCAGAGGCCCACUGAAUACUGUACAAUUUCUUCGGUGGAGAAAUUCCCCAGAGUCACAGGGACAUGAGGACAGCAGGCAGUGAGGGCCGGCAGGGCAGGCUUACAAUGGGAGUCUUGGGUCAGAGAGCUUCAAAUUGUGUUCGGUUUCUCAUGUGUUUCUACUUGAAUUGUGGAAAAGCUCGUUUUUCACUUAACUUAUGCAUAAUUAUUGUUAUGAUAGUAUUACUUAUACACUAAAGUAAUAAAGUUAAAGUAAGUAGCUUGCAGAAACCAGCAGAAUAUUAGUUAUUGUGUUACUCUUUAGGUUCUAUUCAGUUGUUAUAAUUAACAUGGUAAUUGAAAAUGCAUUUGUCUUGUUAAUACCACCCUGAAAUAGAUUCAAAUAGUGUUC